UAUUGAGCUUACCUGUGCGGUGUUAAGUUUUAAAGUUUCAGUGUCUCGCAUGAAUAAAGAAAUUUUCAAUGUGGCAGAAAAUUUAGACUUCUAAAAGUGUGACGAAUUUCGAAAAUUGCAAAAUAAAUUCGAUACUUUUUAUAUUACAUUUUAUUGCGUCAAGAAAGUGAGUGUUGGUUGGGCCAGGGAAAGAGCUGAAAUAAAUUUGCAUCAUAGCAACAAAAAUCUCUGAAAUGUUGACGUGGUGCUUAUUGGAUGAAAAUUUGAAAGAUUAAGAGAAAUUUCUUUUUCGCAAGAUCUCUUGUUAUUAAGAAGAAAAAAAUUGCUUAGAAGAAAAAGAAACAUUUUGUAAUUAAUAAAACAAGAAAAAAAUCUCAAAGUUCUUUCAUCCAACAACAUUUGUGAAUUUUCUUACAUAGAAGCCAAGACGAAGAAGUUGAACACUUCCAUUCUGAAUCAGAAAAGAAAGAAAAAGAAGAAUAAUUGUGAAGAACGGGAUAAGAAAAAGAAGGAAAAAAUAAAUACAGAAACAAGAAAGGUGGAAUAAUAAAUGUUAAGACUUGCUCAACCAAUUCUCUAGAUUCGAUUAAAUGUCGAUGUGUUGGCUCUUUCUAGAAGAAAUAAAAAUCAGUGAGAGAAAAAAACAAAAAAUAUAUUUAUAAAAUUAUCGAACAUGAUUGGAAUGUGAGACUUGUGUCACUUUUUAACAAGUUAUUUUAAUGAGCCACUGAAACUUAUUGAAAACAAGUUGAAAAGAAGAGUUUGUGUUUGUUAUUUUGUUGCAAAGAAAUAUUCCAAAGAACCGAAAUUUUAACAGUCUCAAAAUUGCGUCGUCAAAGUAUUCCCAACAUAUGAUGUCUGAAUCAACACCAAUUUGUCGCUGUCGUGUACUGUAUUUAGGAAGUGCAGUACCAAGACAAAGCAAAGACGGGUUGCAAGGCAUUCAAGAGCCACUUCGUAGUCUCUACCCAAUUGAAGGUGCAGGCGAAGCUAAAGGAAUUGACAGUUGGUUAAGUGUUUGGUCGAAUGGAAUUUUACUUGAGAACGUUGAUGAAAAUCGCAAGCAAGUCACGCGAUUCUUUCCAAUUGAAUCAUUACAUUACUGUGCUGCUGUACGUCAAGUCCUAAUUCCAGAACGUAGUAACGCUCAUCCUGAGCCGAAAUUUCUUCCACUAGACUCGCCAUUUGCCCGAACACCACGUGUGCAACAUCCACCAAUUUUUGCUGCCAUUCUAAGACGAACCACUGGCAUUAAAGUUCUUGAGUGUCACACUUUUAUAUGUAAACGUGAAGCUGCUGCCAAUGCUCUAGUCCGUUGUUGUUUCCAUGCUUAUGCUGAUAAUUCUUAUGCAAAACAAAUAGAAAAUGGCAUUUCAGUGCCUGGAAGUCUUUAUGGAACGCUUGGUGGAAAAUCAUCAAUGACGAAUGGCGAUACAAAUGGUUGGAGAUCAAGAGCUGGAAGCACAGCGACACUUAACAGCACGGGACGACAUAAUCAGACCAAUGGAAAUGGAAUAGGCGAUGCUUAUACCGUGAAGAAUUUGUAUGCCAGUAGCGGUGAUUUAGAUGUGACAGACGAUGGUGAAAGUUCAUUCUAUAAUAAUGGAGAUGAAAAUCAUAAAAUUUGGAAUGGUUCGCAUGAGCAGCUCAAUGGAAUAAAUGGCCAUAAAAAUGGAGAUACUCACUAUGACUUUUACUCAAGUGGAAUCAAUGGAUCAUCGACUUUAGGUCGUCCGAGUCGUCAACGUCAAAUUAGUGCCCCUAUUCCUGUGCCACCUCCACCAAAAGAAGAAAUUAAGAAGAAAAAGAAAGAAAAUAAAAGAAAUUCGUCAUCAAAGUCAGUCGGAAGUCAAAGUAUGUCAGGGACUUUGAUUAGACCUCGCCCAAUUCACCCAUCUGGCCGUGGGCCACCCCCACCUCAUCACAUAAUGAUGUAUGGCCCUCCACCACCACCUCAUAUGAUGGGCCCACCAAUGAAUCCCCCACAUCCAAUGCAUAUGGGGCCGCCACCACAAAUGAAUGGAAGACAAUUUCAUACAAUUGGUCAUCGAGUCAAACCUCAUCAGCCUCCACAUAUGAUUCCAAUGCAUAUGCAACCAAUACCAAUAAUGCUUCCACCACAAUACGCUACGCUUCAAUCAGUCAAAGGAAAAAAGAAAAAAGGUAAAGACAAGAUGAAUGGUGCGAUACCAGUCGGUAUGCCAAUCCCUCCUCCAAUGUUUUAUCCACCACCACCAGCUUCAUUAAUUGAAUCGCCACGCACAAUGAAUAUGAGUAAUCGAAAAUUAGCACAAUCGACAGCUGCACUCGAUGAUUCAGGAAAUUCAGGCGCAGAAUCGCCUGGUGAAACUGGAAUUUACCGUCGUAAAGGUCAUUUGAAUGAAAGAGCUUUCAGUUACUCAAUCCGACAAGAACACCGGUCACGAAGCCAUGGAUCACUAUCAAGUUUGCAGUUCAACCCACCAGAUAUGAAGAAAGAACGAGAGAUUAUUCAAAUGGUAUCAGGCUUGGAAUUGAACGAUGAUUCGACUCUUCGUCGUAGUCGUGAAAUGUCAGCAAGUUCAACUGGAACAUUUGGUAAACUACGAAGAUAAAUUUAUAUGUUGUUGAAGCUCUUUUAAGCAACGUUUUUAAAUAUGUUUUCAUUGUUAGUUAAAGAAAUAUACUUAUCGGAACGAAUAUAUAUUUAGUGUGCACUAUUUUGGUGACUAGAUUUUCCCAAAUAUUUUACUUAAAUUUUAUGAGAAUUUUUCUUACUUAUUUUCUUUAAUAAUAAUGAACACACCCUAAGUCAUAUUUAAUUUUUCUUUUGAAAUUAAUUAUGAACUUAUUUCCAAGGGGAUUUAAUUGAAAAAUAAAUACAUAAUUAUUGAUGUAACAUAUAAGUUUAAAAUAAGCUUAGAAGAAAAUACCCUGAACGGCACCAGAGGCAAUUCCGCAAAAGUUAACGUAAAAGUCACCCUUUAAAAAAGUUUUCUAUAAGGUGCCUAAGCUGUCGUUAGAAUUCAUGGAAUCCUCUAAAGGCAAACCAUAGACAUACAAGCGGAGCAGUUGUGUCGCUCGGAUACUCCAACCAGAAAAUAAAUUGUUUUUAAUCUUUGUACAUACAUAUACACAACAAAUGUUUUGCAUCGCGCGCAAUUUUCAAUUACUCUGAUAUUUAAUGACAACUAAUGAUGAUAAAUGAAUUCAAAAGUAAGUAAAAUAAAGUAGAUAUCUAACAAUUGUAAACUUUUUUUUUCUUCUUUACAAUUCUUUAAAACUAAUUUUCUAAGUGAAAAAAUUUCUCUCUUGCGUAAAUUAAAACUUGAAACAAAUUUCAUGACUUAAUUUUCGAGUUGACUUCAAUGUCUUUUUAAAACUUCGAUUGAAUCAUUUUAAUUUUCUAAUCUAAUUUCU